AUGGCCCUCACGAAGCGGCCUCCGUCGCGAUCGGAAUGCUGCUCCUUCGCCGCAAUGCGUCGUCGUGGAGCCGGAGCACAGGCAGCGACCGUUCCCUCCGCCCCGAAGUUGAAUCCACCUGUGUCGUCGACUAGCGCCCCAAAGACGAGGGACGCGUACGGUCCACGCGGGGUUCCGACAUAUGCCGCAGGAGCAAGAAACGACGUGCAGAUAGGAAGCCUCGAGUCCUACAAGCUGUUCGACAAGACCGGCAAGGGGGCGUUCGGCGUCGUGCGGAAGGCGCUCCACAGCAGCACCGGCGAGGAGGUCGCGAUAAAGUCAGUGCGCGCCGGCGGGGAGGCCCUGCUGCGGGAGGCCGCGCUGCUCGCGGCGUGCGUCGGCAACCCCGCCGUGGUGGAGCUCCGAGAGGUGGCGUGCGGCGCGGAGAUGGACGAUCUCCACCUCGUCAUGGAGUUCGUCGGGCCCAGCCUGCACGACGUCAUGAGAGCGCGCCGCCGCCGCGGCAUGCCGUUCACGGAGUCGGAGGCGCGGCGCGUGAUGAGGCGGCUACUGGGCGGCGUGGAGAUGAUGCACAGGCAAGGCGUCAUGCACUGCGACCUAAAGCCCGGGAACGUGCUCGUCGGCGGGGAGGAUGCUCGGGGUCGGGUCUUAAAGAUCUGCGACCUCGGGCUCGCCAAGUUCUUGGCCGCGCUGCCGCGGGACACGCCCACCCAUCAGCUCGGGGGCACCCUCUGGUAUAUGGCGCCGGAGCAGCUCCUGGGAGACAACGACUGCGUUGCGCCCGUGGACCUGUGGUCGCUCGGGUGCCUCAUGGCGGAGCUCGUCGCGGGGGAGCCGCUCUUCCAGGAGGAGAACGUGUUCAAGCAGGUAGGCGAGAUCGUCCGCCUCCUCGGAGUCCCCGACGAGGUGUCGUUGAUGCCGCUGGGUGUGUCGGCCUCGACGCCAAUCCAGCUGCGGGACGCGGUGCCGGAGGAGCGUCUGUCGCAGGCGGGCUUCGACGUCCUGCGCGGCCUGCUGGAGUUCGACCCCAAGGACAGGCUCACUGCGGCGGCCGCACUCCAGAUGCCAUGGUUUGCGGUGGAGGAUGAAGACGCUCCAUCACCAGCACGGCCGUGA